UCUUGGUCUUUGGAAUUAUAACAGGCUGACAGGUCAAUUCGCCUCGCCGCAAUCCUUUGGUCGUAUAGUAAUAUAAAAAGGCCUUGUGACAGUUUGCCGUAAUGAUACGUGAACCGUUUCGGACAGACGGUCCAGUACAAUGAUGACAAACGAUACGAAUCGACGUAUCUUCAGAUCGAAAUAUGCAAGGUAUAUACGUAACGUGCAAGUAUGAAACAGUAAAUAUGCCUCAUGGCUGGAGGCAGGAGCGACAAGCAAAAUGGAAAUUUAGACAAAACACAUCAGUGGCUAUGCCACAGUAGUUUUGAUUCUGUCACAUUUCAGUCUUCUCUGAGUGAUGAAUUUAAAAAACGAAAAAGUGCGGAACAACAUCGCACUAUUGUUAAAAAUAUCAAUCAAUUACAAGACAGUAUUCUAAGAAUAUUUACGGAUUCCUUGUAUUGUGAUCUUAAUAUAAUACAUGGUUAUAAAGUAAUACGUAUAAACCAAUGUAUUGUUAGAGCAAGAUCACCACACUUGUAUGAAGUUCUCAAGCCUUAUUUCAUUUACAUUAAUAAAACAAUCCAUUGCAUUCUUGAUAAACCUGGUCUUUUUCAUCAGAUUGAAGAUUUUGUAAGACUUCUAUACAGUAAUUUGGACUUUAGUCAAGAAGAGCAAUUAUUAGUGGAAAUAAUUCUGAAUACAAAUUACAAGUGUUAUUCUUCAAAUGAGUCUGAUAGCAGUAUAUCUCACAUUGAUGACAGAAUAUGCGAGAAAUGUUUGACGUCAGACUGUAACACACAACAACAUCAGCAGAAGGUGAAGAGACAUGUUGUAACGGAUGCAAGUCCUACUGCAUCAGAAAUGGCUGAUUCCGGUCUGGAGACAGGUUCGAUAAGUCCGCAUGAGAAUACGACUUAUUCUGAGAACUCCAGCACGGACUUGGAAGUAAUACCAGCAACCACAGAAUAUACUUCCACCAAUGACGACGAUUCGGAUCGAAUACGUGCCGAACGAAUACGCGAAAAGAGCGGUCGUAAGACACUCUUGUUAUACGAUAAGCAUCGGGAAUCACUCAAUAAUGACGAUUUCGGGAAGAGUACAACACAAUCUGAAUCGAAUAAUCAUAGCACAACGUGCUCCUCCCUAGAAACGGAACAUCCGCCUACGGAUAAUACUUCGGACAAUGCACGAGAAGCGAAACUGAAUGCUGAAGAAAUCUUUCAAUAUGAGAGUCAGAUGUUGAGCGAGCCAUUCUACGAAUCGGACUGCGGCAGCGAAAAUGAGUCGUUUGAAUUUAUUGAGCCCGUCCCUUCGGCAAGUGGCGAUCACGAAGGAAAAUGCUUCGCGAAGCGUAAAUUGGAGCAGAAAAUACAAUCAGAUGCGGAAGAGUCGGAAAGUACGACGGUCGAAACGGAAUCUGAUCAUUCUCGUCCCACUGAUGGCGCGACUGGUCGUAACAGUUCAUCCACGAGCGGUUAUUAUUUCAUCGAUGCAUCUACUCUAAAUGACGAAGUGGAUAUUGUUUCUACGAAUGUAACAAAGAAUCAGUAUGCCAAUAAUAACGCGCCAUAUUUUGCGUUUUCCCCGAAUUACACGGAUUACAAGUCAUCGGACAAAGCAAAUAAUCCCGUAGAAGAACAGUCGUAUAAGUUUACCCCGCUUAAGACAUUGACUUUGCAAACUGGUCACGAACGAGUAGCGGAAUUUGAACGAGAAUUGAAACUCACGGAGUACCUGCAACCGCUUCCAGAAUCGCGUAAAAUAAAGCGAGUAGAUUCCGUAUCAGAGGAGAAAACGGAUGGAAGCAAGCCGACAGAGAAGGAAUCACUGGCGGUAGAAAUCAAAGAGGCGGACAGUGGAGAGAGCGCGCAUCCCUCCCCGUGUCCUGACAACAACACGAGAUUAAGCAACGAUCGAAAUGAAAAACCGGAAACGUCGAGCAAUACCGAGACGACGGAAAACGAAAAUGUUAAAGAUACAACUGUGAAUGAAGACAGACGACCAUCUCUCAUCAGAAGAAACACAUUCGAGCUUGACUCUAACGACGAAAAAUUAUCUGCUUUAAGGCAAGAAUACGAACGCCGACAAGGUAAUCUCAUCUUUCAGAGCGCCAUUCCGCAAUACUCGGGACAUCGCGUAGAUGGAGAUUCCAUUUGCCAUGCACCUUCCGAUUCCGUAGUUUCUGUUACAGUCACUGAACCAUCGAUUACUUUUACACCCGAUGUUCAGGCAACUAACACUCAGCACCCAAUUACAUACCAACUAUUGGAUGGUUGUGAAUAUGAUCAAAGGCAAACGCCGCAAAAAAGUUGUUUACAAUCCAAUCUCAAUAAAUCUUGCACGAUUUAUCCCGUAAUUAAAAGUGCCAGCGAUAAAUCUAUUUUAGAUUGUAGCACGGAUUCGGACGAUGCGUCCAAUCAUUGCAGUAACAGUUUGCCGGUUACUUUGAACUCUAUUUUGGAAAAAAGUCGAUUAAAUCCUAUAAAGAGAAUUAAACGAAGCGAUGAAACUACUCCAAUUAUCUCUGGUGGUGUUAGCAGUUCAGAUUAUUCCUUCAAACCUUCGGAUAGUCCCACAGUACGGCGCAAAACAGAGUCUACGCCGAUCGUGUCAGGUGGUGCGGUGAUUAUGAAUAAGCCUGAAGUCAAGACGCGACCCUUCAAAAUGUCUUCCUCCAUGACUGCCUGGGUAGUCGAUAUGAGCGACUGCAGUAAGCAGGAAUCCGGGUCCCGAAAUAACUCGCGGAAUAUGUCGCAAAGCUUCUCGACUUCUGAAUGUGUCAAGAAACCUGUACAGAAGUCCUCAAUCAACCAUGAGAAACAGAGUAGUUUAGGAUUCUUCGUUAAUUUAAAGGACGUGAAUGACAUCGAACCAACUAAACGCGAUCACUCGGUCGAAAGGAAAGAGCGAGAUAGUAAUGAUAAAUCCUAUUGUGAAUUUUACGUAGAUAUCUCUGAUAAGAAUAAUGAUAUUAAAGCCAAGCCAUCCGAGAGGCAAGAGGAGAAUGUUAAGAAUGAUACUUCUAAGGAAGGCGAGAAGAAGAAUAUUUUUUCAAUGUUUAUCGAUCUGAAUGAUACGUGCGGUGGAAAGGAUGGAGACAUCACGGUUCCAAAGCACAGACGAAGCUUCUCGACGAUACCUAAUAAAUCGAUGGAUAUUAAGACGGAUGAUAAUAGUUUUAGAGAUAACAGCAGCGCCGCGGGAGAUAAUCAAUUGCCACAAGAACAAAAGAGAGAGAAAGCCAAACCCAGCGUCUUUAUGUUUAUAGAAUCUGAUUCUCCCGUAGUGAGAAGACGGACGUUAUCCACUUCACGACCGACGUUCAAGCGGCAUUCCUGGAACACAGACAAGACACAGUCAACGAAUGGCAACGGUAACGGUUGUGUGGCAAAGGAACUUAUGUUCAGGAAGGAGCACAAGCGCGCGCAUAGCGUAUCGAUGGACAGUCGCAGCAUCUCGAAACGAUCCCAAGCAAAGACGAGCUCAUCUAGUCACUCGUUAAGCGAUGCGGCCAAAGCAGAGUCUCGUAAUCAUAAAGAUUCCAAGACUUUGCAGGAUCGUGAAAGUAACUCCAACAACAUGGAUACGUCAUCCGAGGAUGUGUUCGAAUUCGAUGUAAAGGACACUCCACCCAACUCCCACGUGGAGAUUGAAACCGAAGAGCAAUUACGCAGUAGCAUAAAUCAGCGUUGCGAGUACAAAGAUAUAAUUUCUGAUCGGACAGAAACCUUAGAAGCCAAUGAAACGAAAGGAUAUGAAGACGAGUUUUCGGAAACCUCCGCCUGGGAAAAAACGUGUACAGAGAGCACGGAAGGACAAACACGUAAAAGUGAAACAUUUGAUAUCAGCAGCGGUAGUAGUGGGCCAUCGCCGGACAGCGAUAAUCAUGACUAUGAAUUGACUGACCUGUUGAACGGUCAAGUUGAAGUUUCAAAUGUCAACGAUAGACCGCAAAUAAUAACCGCAGGAAACAGCAAUAAGAUAUCGGAAACUCGCAAGUCACUGAGCGAGACCAUCAAGAAAAUCGAGAGCGAAUUGAAGGAGCCCGAGUAUGAUAAUGUGAAACGACAAACUUAUGAUUGUCGCUCAUCGAAAAAGGACGGGAAGGCGACCGGACAUAAUUUGAAGAAUUUGCAUUUAGAUUCCGAUAAAACGAAUUCCUCUAGUUUCGUACGUUUGUCGGAUUUGGAUAAAACACCGAUUGCUAAUCAUAAUGCAUCAGAUGUCUCGAUGAAGGAUGACAGAGAGACGCAGUAUCGAAUGAGCAGUAGUAUUCCGGAAACAUCGUGGAUAGAAAGUAAACUGGCGAUAACGAGAAACACAGGACCAUUCAGACCGGUGUCUAGGAAGCUUGUUUCUGUCAUGAGCACAUCGCUUCCAUCCAAACAGAAAUCCCCGUUGGAAGAUUUGACUGCGGGUGACUGCGAAGGGGAAGGAAUUAUUUCUGAAUCCGAUCUCAGUAGCAUGCAAAGCAGUAUGGGACGUUCCGGAGCGGAAGGCAGCACGGAGGAAACUGAAACGUCAAGUAUAGCUGGCGCAAAACCGUACAAUAGAUUGGGUGAGGAUUUGCUAAGAAUGUUUUUGGAGGAGAUUAAUCCUGAUAUUACGAUAGAUGUAGCCGGUCGACAUAUAAGAGCGCAUAAAUGUAUAUUAAGUUCUCGUUGCCAAUACUUUGCCGCAAUUUUGAGCGGCGGAUGGAUCGAAAGUGCAGGAAAUGUUAUUUCUCUGCAAGGAUAUUCUUAUAAUGCAGUUCAUUUUGCAUUGUGUCAUAUCUACAGUGGAGAAAGUAAUAUACCAGAUUCUAUAAGUAUUGUUGAAUUGGCGACGUUAGCUGAUAUGUUAUGUUUGGAAGGUCUUAAAGAAGUUAUAGGAUAUACGCUUAAGCUUAAAUAUUGUCACUUGUUUCACAAGCCUUGCCAAAUAUGUGCUAUUGGAGUAUUAGAAUGUAUGCCGUUAGCUGCAGCUUAUGGUCUGGAUGAAGUGUAUCGAAAAUCACUUAGGUGGAUUACAAAGCACUUUGUACGAAUAUGGCCAUGCAAAGCAUUUGCGACUCUCCCGAGAGAAUUAAUGGAAAAAUGUUAUCACCAGCAUAUAGUACACAUGUCUACCGACAAUGUACUCCAAACUAUGAUGGAUUGCGAUAAACUUUUGGCGACUUUGCCAAAUGUACGAUGGGCAGAGCCAGUAUUUCGGAUGGUAUCGAAUCUAUUGGAAACGUCGAUCAAAUUCCUGUCGGAGAAUUUUGCAGGCGUUCUAGGAAAUGAAAAUUUCCAGUCGCUUGGUCGCGAAAUGACAUGGAACAUUAGUCGCUUAGAAGAUAAUUUUCUAGCGGCCAUCGAACAAUUAUCGCCCGAACAAGCAUGUAAAAGUUAUUCGAAAUUGAAUAAAAUGCUACUCACAUCACAGACGGACGAUCCUCAAGGUAGGAUCAAAUGGGGACCGCUAUUCAUCGAUUUCUUACACAAACUUCAAACUCGCGUGGAAAAAUGUUUGGUGCGCGAUGCAGCGCGUGCCGCGAGAACUACUACGUGGCUGAAAAUGGAUUUAGAACUUCGUAGAAGGAUACAGGAGUUAGCUUGUCUUGUGAUCUUGCCUCAUGAGACAUCAAAACGUCUAUCCAGACAUUCAAACUUUUUGAAGGAAUCUCAGAUACCGCCUAAUCGCUCGACGAUAAACCGCAACUUAGAUUUGAAACGCGUAAAAAUGGCAAUUUCGGAACAUAAUGAUAAAUCUUUGAAACAAGUACCAUCAUCCAAGCAAACGAAGAAAGUUUUCGGUAAACCAAAAACUGAUCCGCUUGAGCGUAAAAUGCAAGAGGAUAAGCAAGUUGUUUCUGAAACUGUCAGACCGAAAUCAUGGCCUAAUAAGAUAGAGGUAAAGUCUAGAUAUCUGGAACCGAGAAACAAAUCGGUUACAAAGGAGAGUGUACCCACAAUGCAACACGAUAAGAUAGUGCAACAACGGCGCAAAAUUAUGAUUUCUUCAUCUGAUUCAUCGCGCACAUCCAGUCCGGCUAUGAAACGCGCGAUAGAUAAGAAGCCGCUAUCCAAAAUGAAAUUGCCAGUCAAGAAAGAUGUGAAAGCUCUCUCAUCAGACAGUUUGACAGAAGCAAACGCUUCCGGUCGAAGUGGCGGGAAAAGGGACUUGAUUAGCAAGAGUUGCGGUAUCACAAGACCCGAAUCACCUUCCUUCAAACAAAAAACCACUGAAAUAGGAUUAUCGAUUGAUUCUUUAGAGACUAAGAAUAAGCCAGCUGUUGUCAAAAAGAAGCCCAAUAAGAUGGACACAUCAAUGUCCACUGAUAGUCUCAUGACAGAGAUAACGGCAACCCCAAAGUCCAAUGCGUCCAACAAAUUAUCACCUACUUUGGCAAAAGCUACAAACAAAACACAAAUUUAUGAUAGAACGAAGAAAAGCUCGCCACCAACACAACAGAGGAGUCCACUGACAGCUGUUAGAAGACCUCUAAGGUCACUAGAAAGUUCUACCGCUGCCAGUCGCAGCAGAGCCGCUGCCAUCAGCAGCACAUAUUACGGUUCACCAAAUUUGCGCAGAAACUUAUUAGAUGCUGCGAAGACACCGGAUGUUCCCAGUAAAUUGAUGAAUGCAGUCGCUCCUUUUAAGACGCGACAGAUCACGCAGACAAAUACUCCUCUUAACACAAGGAGAGAAAGGAAGGAGACGCAAAACUCACAAAGUUCUGACAGCCCCAGCAAAAAAUCCUCUCCAAAGUCUAGUGCCGCUAAUAGGAUGAACAAAUCAACAAUCACUGGUAAGAGAAUUGCCAGUAGCAAAGUUGAUGACAAAGUUAAAAGGUGCCAUAACGGGGAAGCGCAAAAGCAACCCACAGUAGGUUCGAGAUCCGGUACGUUUCUUAAGGAUGAACCUACAAUACUUAAAAAAGUGGACAUUAAAUCGUCGCAAAUUAAUACUUAAUGCUAUUAAUAGUUUCUAAAGCUGGAUAACCGAUAAAAUACGCAUUGUCGGCAUUUAUUUCUAUGCUACAUGUUAUGCAAUGUUAAGAAAAAGUUUUGUUGUUAAUAUUAUCUUUAACCGCAUCAUAAAAAUUCCUGAGAUAUCAAAACUUAAAAUUAUUUUGUAUUACUAUAUAGUUAAAUGUUUAUGCA